AUGGCGACAACCGCAUUUUCCUCUCUCCGCAACCCGAUCUUCCCCUCCGCCGCUGCUCCCAAUCCGCGCGGCCGACAGCGCCCUCCGGCGGCGGCGCAAUCGAACGGCUGGUGGGCUCCGCUCUUCGGCUGGUCGCCAGAACCCGACUACAUCAACAGCGGCCUCAAAAUCGAGUCGGAUCAGACCGAUCCGGGCCAAUCCGAGAUCGAAUCGGUUCGGAUCCGCCCGGAUAAGAACGUCUUCCGCGGUUGCUUCACUGAGGAGAAGGCAAAGGAGCUUCGCAGGAAGACGAGCGAGUCCUCGACAUUUCACGAUGUGAUGUACCACUCGGCCAUCGCAUCCAGGCUCGCGUCCGACGUGUCCGGCCGCCGGGAUCGUUGA